ACGAAAACUGAAAAUCUGUUUCCGGUACAUUCUUCGUUGAUUUAUAAAAUUUGGCAUUGUUGAAAAAAAACACAGGAUAUAGGAACAAAAGGUUUAAAGAUGUCGUCCAGAACACACUUUGGUGUUGUUGAUCAGGCUAUGAAGUCUAUGAAGACUGUUGAAGAAUACAUCAAAGUUGGUAUGGAAACAACUCUAGAUGUUGGUAUGGACUUUGUUGAACAUGACAAAGACAAUGAGAAACAAAUAGAUGAGCUGAGAUCUGUGAUGAAAGACUAUGUUAGAAUGGAAAGAGAUCUUCAGCAAUUUAUGGAAGCUGUUGAAUGUGUCAAAUCUACUGCAACAAAGAAAAACGAACCCUUGGAUUUGGAGAAAGAAUUAGAUAAUAAAUUGUUGGAACUUAAGCAAGCAAACAAGGAUGCAGAACUGACACAGCAUGAGAAAUAUGUGGAUCUUAUUGACAAAGUUAAUGAAAUGCAACAGCCAGAUUGUGUAUUCUGUGAAGGAUCCUAUGCUGGUCCAGCCACAUCAACUCAGAUUGAUGAGGAUAUUGCCAUGACACAGCCAGAGGUCAACACACGCUGUCCAUAUACAGGCAAAGAUAUGAUUAAUCCUGUCAAAAACUCCUAUUGUGGUCAUCACUAUGAUAAAGAGGGAAUCAGUCAUUAUAUCAAAAUAAAGGGACGCAAAGCAAAAUGUCCUGUGGGCGGUUGUGGAAAUGACAAACCAAUAGAACUCAGUGAUUUGAUUGAAGAUAAAGAUUUGAAAAAAUUUAUAGAUAGGAAAAAUAGACAUAAUAAGAAAAAGAAUUGAAAAAUCAAUACAUUCAUAAAAUUUAGAACCUGGCUUGUAAUGAUGAUGAAGUUACCUGAUGAAUGGAUGGAGACAGCUAACCGUAAUAAAACUGUAAUGAACAUGACAAUUACCUGUGAGCAGAUAGAGAUAAAACAGACAUACUAGGAAAAGAUAAAGACCAUGUUGGUUACAUGUUUUGUGUAUAAAUUAACAGCCAAAUACAUUGUUCUUACAUUGUAACAAAACUAAAAUCAGGGAAGAUGUUGAUAUGUUGAUAUAAUGAAUUCUGUUAAUCAUGUUAAUGUUAAAUGUUUUUUUCUGGAGAAGGUCUUGAAGAAAUUUUUAAUUAAAUCAUUCAAUAUUUCUAUUUUUUUUUUUGCCCCCGCCGUUGCGGUGGGGGCAUUAAGUUUUACCCUUGUCCGUCUGUACGUCUGUCCGUCCGUACGUCCCAAAAUUGGUUUCAGUUCUCUAACUUUAGUUUGCCUCAACCAAAUGUUAUGAAACUUAUACAUAAUGCUUAUUAACACAAAACACAGGUCAAGUUUGAAUUUGGGUGGCGUCACUUUUACUGUUUUAGAGUAAUGUCCCUUUACAAAUGGAAAAAUUGCUUAAUUUUUCGUUUCCGUUCCUUAACUUAAGUUUGCCUCAUCCAAAUGUUAUGAAACUUAUACACAAUGCUUAUUACCACAAUACACAGAUCAAGUUUGAAUUUUGGGGGCGUCACUUUUUACUGUUCUAGAGUUAUGCCCCUUUACAAAUGGGAAAAUUGCUAAAUUUUUCAUUUUUUUUUUCCAAAAAUAUCAAUGUCAUUAUUCAAGUAAUUUUUAAAAUUGGAGUUAUCUUCCUUUGUCCAUGAUUAUAGUUAAAUCAACUACAAUCAAUGCUUUAUACAAUGCAAUGUUUAAUUUGGCCUUCCACUGAUAAAACACAGAUCAAGUUGAAUUUGGGUAGUGUCACUUUAACCAUUAUUGAGUUAUGCCCCUUUAUAAAUCGAAAAAUUGCAAAAUCUUUAGUUUCCAUUCUGUAACUUAAGUUUGCCCCAACCAAACAUUAUGAAACCUAAACACAAAACUCAUUACCACAAAACUAAGAUCAGGUACAAAUAUUGUUUCCGUUCUCUAACUUUAGUUUGCCUCAACCAAAUGUUAUAAAACUUAUACACAAUGCUUUUUACUACAUAAUACAAAUUAAGUACGAAAUUUGGUGGUGUCACUUCUACCAUCCUUUAUAAACAUAGAAAUUGCUGAAUUUUUCGUUUCCGUUCUCUUACUUUAGUUUGUCUCAACCAAAUGUUAUAAAACUUAUACACAACCGUUCUAGAGUUAUUCGAGUUUACAAAUAGAAAAAUUGCUGAAUUUUUCGUUUCUGUUCUCUUCUUGAGUUAGCCUCAACCAAAUGUUAUGAGACUUACACACAAUGCUUAUUACCACAAAACUCGGAUCAAGUUCAAAUUGGGUAGCGUCACAUUUACCGUUCUUCAGUUAUGUCCCUUCAUAACUAUAUGAUAUGCAAGCAGGGGCAUCAUCUGUGUCUACAUGUGGACACAAUCCACAUUUGGACACAAUCCACAUUUAUUUAUUUUUUUUAUAGAUAGCAAUGCACAUCUUGUAUGUUAUGCAUAUCUGUUAUAAAGCAAUGGAUGAAUAUAAUGUUAUAAAAACUAAAGAACUAAGUAAUUAAAAAUUUAUUUUCAAAAUUCACUUCUUAUUUGUAAAUUUUUCUUCUUUUCUUUAACAAAUUAUGAAAGUGAAUUAUAAUCCCAUUAAUAAUCUUAUUUUAUGAAAAUGUAGCAAAAAGAGAAGACAGUUCACAGUUUACUGACUCCCCCUAAAAUAAGAAAAAUUUCUGGUAAACACUGUUUAGAAACAGUGUUAGUUUGGAACCCUUAAAAAAAUUCAAUGUUAUCUGGGUUUUUGUUCCUCAAUGAAUGAAAAUUUCUAAUCGUAAUAAACAAAAUAAUAUUAUAGAUUUUUUAUUGAAUUUUUAAAGUACCUUGUUUAAACUGAGAAUUUAAAGGUAUAAAUUAUAUGCUUACGAAACAUCAUCUUAUCCUUCUAAUUAGCUGGAUCUGUUUUGAUAAUUUUUAUGUCUAAAUCAAGAACUGCUACAGAAUCUUGUGGCCAACACCAUUUUCACCAGAUGACAACCAGUUAUUUCUUUGAGGUGUAGAAGCUUGCCAAAAUUAAAGGGUUAUUUUGUACUACAGGCACAUUCCCAAACACUUAUUUUGCCUUCUCGCUACUUUUGAUGAUUAUUUUACUAUUGGUUACUGUAGUAAUGUAAAAGGAGAUAUUAAGGCAUAAAGAUAAAUUAAAUGGUGAUCAUUGGGUAGAAGAAACAUUUGUUCUUCAAAAUGCAAAUUUCAAUUAGUGAUCAUAAUGACUCAAAUUAGGAGAAUAAAAACCAUUUGAAAAACUAUUAUUACGAUGCAUCUUCUAAGGCUUCUAUAUACAUAAUAUAUAUGAGAACUGUAAGAAUUUUGUAAGAUGCACACCUGGUAUUUAAAAAAAAAAAGUUAAAAUUUAUUUUCAGACAUUUUUUCAUACUCUGCCUGUGUAAACACCGAUUAAAAUAGAUUUGUCUGUUUAGCUGUCACACUUUUCCAAGAUAGAGUUCACAAUAACUACUACAUAACAGUGAUUUUAUAAGAGUUCACAAUAACUACUACAUAACAGUGAUUUGAUAAGAGUUCACAAUAACUACUACAUAACAGUGAUUUUAUAAGAGUUCACAAUAACUACUACAUAACAGUGAUUUGAUAAGAGUUCACAAUAACUACUAUAAAAUAACAGUGAUUUUAUAAUCAGCAUUUAGUACUACAAUAUCAAGGUUAAAUGACGUAAUGCUUUUUCUUUUUUUUUGAUUUGGAUAAAAAUAUCAGCUCCUUUCACUGCAUGUAAAAUUGGAAAUUUAAGUGGUCAGAUGUAAUGUAUUUUAUUGGCUUAAAUCAUUUGGUUCUUUGAUGUCAAAACAUGAAAAUGUGUAUGUUAAUUGAUUUUGAUAAAGGUUGGAACGGCUAUUGUUUUUAGAAGUAAUUUACAAUAUUUACAAUACAAUUUACAAUAUUUUUAUUUUUCCAAAUUAAAGGGCCCAUUAAGAGCAUAACAUUAAUAACAAAUGACAUAAACAUUACAGAGUGAUUAAAGAAACAUAAAAUAAUAGUUCAAAUGCAUGAGGAAAGGGUCAGUGGUCAAAGGGAGAUAAUUUUGCUAUCUAUUAGAGUAUUUAACUAAUUUUCUGAUUUUCUAAGUUGCAGGCCUUUAUCAAGGUAUGCACUUAAAGUUAAAUAUUCUACAAAAAUUGAUUGUUCCCACAGUUGGACAAAUUUCUGUAAUUUUUGGUUGCAUCGCAACUGUCAUACUGUCCUGUUCGUCUGUCUGAAUGACCUUGGGUAGAAAAUUUUCUUCAAAGUUUUCUUGGCUUCUAUAAAAGGGAAUGAUUUUAUAUUUGCUUUACAGCUUUAUAAUGUUGAGUUGUAGCCUGUAAGCAAUGUUUACAUCUGCCGUGCAGCUACUUCCAGUUUGCUGAUAGUUUGAAAAUUUUAUAACACUCGCUAUACAACAAAAAUUAUGCUUCAGUACACCAGUUACCUUAAUUAAUUGCAUGCAGGGACAGAGAAAAAUGUUUUACAAAUAUUGCUGAAAGUGAAAUAUUUUGAAUGCAUGUAUACUUGACUUUCUAUACACUUAUGGACAUUGUUUAUUUGUAUUUCAAGCAUUUAUGGUAAUCAGUGGAUGGUCUAAUGAAAUACGGUUUAAUUUUGUCAUUUUCAUUUUUCAAGUUUUUCCUAUCAAAGGUCAGUGGUUUUCGCUGGGCACUAUGGCUUCCUCCACCAAUAAAAACUGUCCGCCACGAAAUAGCCCAAAAGCGGUGCUUAAAAGUGGCAUUAAAACACCAAAAAUCAAAUCAAUCAUUUCUCAAGCAGAAAUCACAUUUUUCAAACCACACAGAAUUUAUAUCAUUUGUGUUUUUUUUACAUUUGCUGUAUUUAGACAUACUUGUUACCUUGUCCUAUUGAAAUUAUAAGUAAGUAUAUUUGUGAGAAAUUUAUAUCAAGUUGCCUUUCUGAAUUUUGAGAAUAAAUAAAAAUAGAUUACAGAAAUUUCAUUUGAUUAAGAUAGAAAGGAAUUAUUCCUAUCUAAAUGAUGACGGUUAUUUUAAGAUGAAGGACAAUCAGCAUUAUACUGUGUAAAUAUUGUUUGUAUUUAAAAAAUAAAUUUUAAACUUGA